AUGGGUAUCCUCUCUCGACUUGCGACUAUACUGGACGCUGUGCUGAUCACAAGCGCUCUCGGGACUCCCACUGCUGUCAUUAGCGAUGGUCUGCUCGUUCAGGCUGGGGGCGGCACCGUUGCGACUUUGCCUUUUGUAAACAACAACAAUUCUAUCAUCGUCCAACCUGGAGCUGUCAACGACAUCGUGGUCACUAGACAGAAUACACUCAACGCUACAGAUGAUUCGCCGUCGCCGCCCAUGUUCUCGCCACAAGCUAAUCCUCGCCUUCUGUUGAAUCUGGUCAAUCAGAUCAGGGCUGGUCCGGUCAGUGCUUACAUUACCGGCCUGGAUCUCCGUGGGCGUUUAGUGUUUGUCCAGAGCAACGGAAAAUUCUAUUACCCAACUGCAACUCCGGGUCGCAGCAAGCCGCAACAGAUCAAAGACGCCAACAUUGCGAUUCCACUAGGUGCAGUCGGAAGCACUAAGACAGUGACUCUACCAGACUACAUCACCUCUGGCCGUGUCUACUUUGGAGUUGGAGCUCUCCACUUCUUCACUGUCUAUCCCAGCGGUGCUGCUGGACCUACACUUGUCCAGCCAGCAGCCAACAAUCCACGAGACCCUAGUGCCGGUGUCAGGUGGGGGUUCAUUGAGCUCACGAACAAUGCCGCAGGGUUAUAUGCCAACCUCAGCAAUGUCGACUUUGUAGGUCUUGUGCUUGGUAUGGCUGUGAAGACGGGCAGUGGCUCUACACUGCAGGCCAAAGGACUCAAGCCAGGAUCUCUGCAGCCAAUGUGCGAUAACAUGAGGAGCGCUGGCGCCAAAGAUGGGCAGCCUUGGGGGAAGCUGUGCUUGACAGAUCAGAGCGGUCACGCCCUGCGUGUGCUUGCACCACAAGAUUAUCUGGCGAUCAGUGGCUCGCAGAAGUUCAAGGAUUACUGGACCAAGUAUAUCGAUCGAGUCAUGGCCAGAUACACGAAAGAGCCACUCACCAUCAUCACGCCCAGGAACGGGAACAUCACUUGCAGGACAGUCAACAACAACGCCUUGGCCUGCAACGGCGACAACCACGCUUACGGCCCGCCCACCGCCGUAGACAUCUUCGGCUGCAACAGUGGACCUUUUCAAGCGUACCCUAAUGCCAAUUCCAUUCACCAGGACGUAUACCCGAGAAUCUGCGCUGCUUUCAACCGCGCGACUCUCCUGCUCCGUGGCGGCAACGUCCAGCCUUCCCUGCCUGCGUCCAGCUAUUACCGAUCCGAGCCGAACAAUCUCUACGCGAAGCAUGUUCAUGCACUCUCCGUGGAUGGAACUGGCUAUGCUUUUCCUUAUGAUGAUGUGAAUCCACAGGGCGGCACUGAUCAAGCUGGUCUCUUACAUGAUCCGAACCCGAAAUUGCUGAUCAUCUAUGUAGGAGGUCAGCAGUAG